GCAGCACCGGAGGCACCGCGCAGCCGCCCCGCUCCGCUGCCCAGGAAUGAGGAUACUGCAAGAUGCUCAACUCCAGCAGCAGCCCCUCGGGCAACAACUGCAGCCACAGCACGGUGGUCACCACCACGGUCAUCCCGCUGCUCUACUGCCUCAUCUUCCUCGCCGGGCUCUCGCUCAACGCCCUGGCAGCCUGGCUCUUCCUCUACGUGCCCAGCACUAAGAGCUUCAUCGUCUAUCUCAAGAACAUCGCCGUGGCCGACCUCCUGAUGAGCCUGACGUUCCCCUUCAAAAUCCUGGCUGACUCGGGGCUCGCCCCUGCCCAGCUCAGCCUGUUCGUGUGCAGGUACUCGGCCGUUGUGUUCUACAUGAACAUGUACAUCGGGAUCACCUUCUUCGGCCUCAUAGGCUUCGACAGGUACUACAAAAUCGUCAAGCCUUUGUUCACCUCCUUCGUCCACACAGUGACCUACAGCAAGGUGGUCUCUGCAAUCAUAUGGCUGUUACUAAUGAUUAUGUCAUUUCCAAACAUGAUUUUAACCAAUGAAAUCACUAAGGACAGUUACUCCACAAAAUGUAUAGGUCUUAAAAGCGAGCUUGGCAGACAGUGGCACAAGGCAACAACUUAUAUUUGCACAGGGAUUUUCUGGAUUGUUUUUUUCCUGCUAAUCAUAUUUUACACUUCUAUAUCCAAAAAAAUAUACAGCUCCUACAAAAAAUUCCAGAGGAACUCAGACACAGCCAAGAGAAAAACCAGCCGGAACAUAUUCACCAUCAUGUUUGUGUUUGUCAUUUGCUUUGUGCCCUACCACCUCUGCAGGACCCCAUACACCUUGAGCCAGACCAGCUCCCAGUUCACCUGCCAGUCCCAAAAAUCGCUGUUCUACGCCAAGGAGUUCACUCUGAUGCUGUCUGCAGCAAACGUCUGCCUUGACCCCAUUAUUUAUUUUUUCCUCUGCCUCCCCUUUAGAGAAAAGCUGUAUCAAAAACUGCACCUCAAGAUGAAAGCUUCAAGUGAGGUUGAAAUUUCUAAAUCCAGAAGAUCAAAUACGCUUGGGGAAAGCAUAAACAUAGUGUAGGUUUUUGUGUCUCCACAAUAACACACAUUUCAGGAAAUUAUUCAUGAACAGAGAAGAAACAGAGAAACAAGAGCACAGGACAACCAGCAGCAAGCAGGAGAGGGGCUCAGCAAAACACCAGGUGCUACUUCCCUGCCUAAACCCAGUAUUGCAUGUGGCAAUAUAUUCACUGUGUGCUGUUCCAGCUGAUGCCCUGAUGGCAUCGGGGUGUGACACGAGCCAGCUGGAUCUCA